AUGAAUAAGGAAGCCAAUUCACAGAAGAGUCGUAGAGCGAGAUCCAACUCAAGCAGUAAUGGAUCAUCCUCCCCUACUCCCCAGGAGUUUAUGACACCUUCUACAGCUCCAAGGAACCGGUACACACAUAUUAUAGUCUUAAAGUCACUGAACAACACAUUUGAAACCAAAUUUCUUGUUGUUCCAUUCAAGCCGGAUGGACUGAAGCUAGGAAGACCUGUCGUAAAUUCCGGGGUUCAAGCUAAUGGUAAACAAGAAUCCCAACCACAAGUAAGGCCAGAUAAUGGGCACUUUGAUUCAAGGGUACUUUCUAGAAAUCACGCAUCUUUAAGCUGUGAUUCUAGCACGGGCAAGAUAUAUAUCCGUGAUCUCAAGUCUUCUAAUGGUACUUUUGUUAACGGCAACAGGAUAAGCCAAUCAGACGUCGAGCUGAAAGUUGGCGAUGUGGUAGAUUUGGGGACGGACAUUGAUGCCAAAUUCGAGCACCGAAAAAUAAGUGCACUUGUGGAAGAUAUAUCUGUAAUUCCACUCAUAGAUGAUGUGGAAAAACUGACUAAUAACAGCUUAGAUGACCAUACCAAUGGCCUGAAUGGGAUAGGAAACGCAAUUGUAUCAACGCCAAAUGCACAAAGAGCUGCUUUUGAGGCUGCCAUGUUCGGAGAUGUCAACAACUUAGACUUGGAGGACUCAGUUUUGGGGGCAGAAACCGAAAUCUUAAGCGGAAUAUUCAUUAAUAAUUCGAUAGGCACAAGUCCCAAUUUAAUCAAUGUUAUCAAGACGCUGGUUACAGAAAUCACUUUGGAAAAACAUGAGUAUGAGAAGCUAAAAUCUAUUGAAAACUUCUUCGUACAAUACACAGCCAACAUAGAAUACAUUAAUAAACUGAGAGUUGAGAACAAUGAUAUCCAGCUCGUUCAACUUCAAAAUGCCCUUAAACAGAAACUCACAGAAAAGCACGAUAUAUUAAUGAAGGACUGUGCUGAACAACUGAAUAUUGCGAAAAAGGAAACCUUAGAUCUUCGAGAAGCUUGUAAGGUGGAGAGAGAGGCUCAACUAGAAGAGAUUAAAGGCCUUAAAACCGAGAUAGAAGAUCUCUGUACUCGAUUGCAGGUUGAAAAGUAUAAAAAUGCUCAAUUAGCUAAAAAUUCAACUAACGAUGAAUCCGGGUCAUUAGCAGCUACCGCCAUUGAAAAGAAAAAAGAUAGCAAUUGCAAUGAAAACGUUAAAGAAGUCAGCAAGAAGAGCAAGUCUACUAUACUACUGAGUGCAUUAUCCAUUGGUGUCAUUGCUGCCGCCUUUCAAUACACCACAAAACAAUAA